CCAACAAUGUCUCCCAACAAUGUGACUGAAUUUAUUCUCUUGGGACUCACACAGAAUCCACACCUACAGAAAAUACUCUUUAUUAUCUUUUUAUUCAUUUUCCUAUUUACUGUGCUGGCCAAUCUGCUCAUUGUCAUCACCAUCUCUCUCAGCCCCACACUUUCGGCUCCCAUGUACUUCUUUCUCACUUACUUGUCUUUCAUAGAUGCUUCCUACACCUGUGUCACCACCCCCAAGAUGAUCAUUGACCUGCUCUACCAGAAGAGAACCAUCUCUUUGGGUGGCUGCCUGACUCAGCUCUUUGUGGAGCACCUGCUGGGGGGAUCAGAGAUCAUCCUCCUCAUUGUCAUGGCCUAUGACCGCUACGUGGCCAUCUGCAAGCCCCUACACUACAUAGCCAUCAUGCGACAGAGGCUUUGCCACCUCCUGGUGGUGGUAGCCUGGGUUGGAGGGAUCCUGCAUGCCACUGUGCAGAUUCUCUUUAUGGUCAACUUGCCCUUCUGUGGUCCCAAUGUCAUUGACCAUUUCAUGUGCGAUCUCUUCCCAUUGUUGAAACUUGCUUGCAGAGACACCUACAGGCUCGGGAUGGUGGUGGCAGCCAACAGUGGAGCCAUGUGCUUGCUCAUCUUUUCCUUGCUUCUCAUCUCUUACAUAGUCAUCCUGAGGUCGCUUAAAUCCCAUGGCUCUGAAGGACGGCGCAAAGCCCUGUCCACAUGUGGCUCCCACUUUACUGUUGUGGUUCUCUUCUUUGUGCCUUGCAUAUUCACCUAUAUGCGUCCUGUGGCCACCUACUCUGUGGACAAGUUGGUGACUGUGUUCUUUGCAAUCCUCACUCCCAUGUUCAAUCCUAUAAUUUACACAGUGAGAAACACAGAGGUGAAAAAUGCCAUGAGAAGUUUGUUGAAGACAAGAGUCACAAUUUGUGCAUAA